AAGCAGAGGGAUCAUGUUUUGAUACAUUAUCCACCUGUCAGGUGCUCCCUGCAGCCUCUAAACAAUGGAGAGGAAAAUAGCCAGGGAAUUCAGACACAAGGUUGAAAAGUGUAUUGAAAAUGAAGCAGAAAAAGAUUACUUGUAUGACGUACUCCGUAUGUACUAUCAGUCUAUGAAUCUUCCCGUUUUUGUGGGAGACUUAAAGCUUGUCAUUAAUGACCCAUCACGAUUGCCACUGUUCGAUGCCAUUCGUCCUCUCAUACCUUUAAAACAUCAAGUGGAAUAUGACCAGUUGACACCAAAACGGGCAAGGAAAUUAAGAGAAGUGAAAUUGGACCGCACGCACCCUGAUGGACUUGGAAUCAGUGUCAGAGGAGGGCUGGAGUUUAAUUGCGGACUUUAUAUCUCUCAUAUAAUGAAGGAGAGCCAAGCAGAUAAUGCUGGGUUGCAGAUUGGAGAUGAGCUGGUCCGGAUAAAUGGAUAUUCCAUAUCUUCAUGCACUCACGAGGAAGUAAUCAACCUUAUUCGUACAAAGAAGAUUGUGUCCAUCAAAGUCAGACAUGUCGGGCUGAUUCCUGUCAAAAGCUCGGCAGAGGAACCUUUGAAGUGGCAAUUUGCUGAUCAGUAUGUGUCAGAAACAGAAGACGGGAAAAGCAGUGUGGCUGGAUUGGCGUCUGCCAGCGGAAGAGAAAUAAAGGAAAAAAAAGUGUUUAUUAGCUUGGUGGGCACAACAGGAUUAGGGUGCAGUAUUUCCAGUGGACCUUCUCACAAACCUGGAAUAUUUAUCAGUAAUGUCAAGCACCGCUCCUUAUCGGCAGAAGUUGGUUUAGAAGUUGGAGAUCAGAUCGUAGAAGUGAAUGGGGUAGAUUUUUCUAAUGUGGAUCACAAAGAGGCAGUGAAGGUUUUAAAAGGCAGCAGAAGUCUUACACUAACCAUCGUGGCUGGAGCGGGCCGAGAACUGUUCAUGACAGAAGAUGAAAGAAUGACGGAGAAACGACAACAUGAACUGGAACGCCAAGAACUUCUCCGGCAGAAAAAACUCGCCAUGGAGACCAAUAAAAUCCUAAAAGAGCAACAAGAGAAAGAAAAAGUACGGAAAAUAGAAAUCUCCCAGAAGAUUGCUGAAGAAGAGGAUCGAUAUCGCAAGGAAAUGGAUAAGAUAUCUGCUGAAGAAGACAAAAUAAAGAAAAAUUGGGAGGAAGACUGGGGACGUAAGGAGGUACCUCAAAGUGUCCAGCCACCACCGCCGCAAACACAUCGAAAUGCCCCAUCAAAACACAAAACUUUUGGCUGGUUUUAUCGAUACGAUGGAAAAUUCCCCACUCUUAGAAAGAAAGGGAAAGAGAAAAAGAAAUCUAAAAUGGAAAGCCUCUUUGAACAAAAGAAGAGUAAGAAAGAGGUUGAAUUUGAAAAGAAACUUGCAAAAGAAAAAGAAGAGAUGCAUGAAAAAGAAAAACAACUAAAGAUAAAUCGGCUGGUCCAAGAGGUUUCAGAGACAGAACGAGAAGACCUUGAAGAGUCAGAAAAGGUUCAGCAUUGGGUUGAAAGACUCUGCCAGACACGGUUAGAGCAGAUCUCAGAGAAUGAUACUCUCGAGGUGGCAAGCGGACAUCCGCCUGUCCCUUCUCCUCCUCCAGCUGCACCUAUCGUCACUUCAGUGAGGAGGUUUGUUGGUGGCUUGCAGCUUCACACUACGGACUUAGAUGAAAUCAAUCUAGAAGAAACAAAUCGGCCAACUAAAAGGAUGGCUCCUCCUCCUCCAUCUCCUCGCAUGUUGUCUUCUUCAUCUACAGGCCACCAGUCACCUUCUCCCAACAUAACCUUAAUGAGGAGAAGUGCUCCACCAGCUCCUUCAAGGCCAUCAAGAUCUUCACCUAUACAGCCAACAUGGAUGCAUUUACCAUCUCCACCAUCCCCAUCGCCUGCCCCUACUCAGUCUGCGAUUACUGCUCGUCCACCACUUCCAUUCUCAGACGAAUUAAGAAAUUAUAGGGGAAGAUCAGCUAUGAGAUCUUCAAACCCAGAACCUACAUAUCCUCCAAGCCCAAAGGUUGUCAGAAACACUUCAAAUGUCAGUAAGAUGUCGUCCUCGAGCAAUCCACUGCAGUUUGCACCCAGUCCUCCUACUCACCGGCGGCCGGUUGCACCAGUUUCUUCCAAACCGGUGAUGCUGGCACCCGAUUCUAACUUUAUGCUUCGACCAGCAAAAGCAGACACGUUGCCACCAGAGAUGUUGAAAAGAAUGGUUGUGUAUAACACCCCUUUUAAUCAAAACAAGAAACAAGGUUUCCAGAAAUAUGUAGAAGACUUUGAUCCUUACACAAUGUUUACGGCUGAUCAAAUUGCGGGGAAAGACGUCCGGCAGCUUCAAAUAAAAAAGGAGGGGGCCCUGGAUCUUGCAGUUGAAGGUGGCAUCGAAUCUCCAAUUGGUAAAAUAGUAGUAUCAGCCAUAUAUGAUGGCGGUGCUGCAGAUAGCCACGGGGGAAUUGUAAAAGGCGAUGAGAUUCUAGCUGUCAACGGGAAGAUAUUAACCGAUGUGACACUUGCCAAAGCUCAGGCGACGUUGGCAAAAGCUUGGAACAUUGGUGGGGACUGGAUAGAUUUGGUCAUAGCUGUGUCUCCCCCCAAAGAGUACGAUGAUGAUGUCCCUCCUUUUACUGCAAGUAUCACUCCAGACAGAACACUGUUUGGUAACAGUGACUCUGUUUACAGGCAAGGGUUUCUUAUGCAACUGCAGUAGUCCUCUGCUGUUCCCCUUCUCGGACCGUAGAGAGACCAGGACUUUAUUUUAAUGACAAAAAAUAUCUACUGGAAAAGAAGAAAGUUGCUUUGAAAAAACGUCAGUUAUGCAAACAAACGCAGCUGUUUCAGUACUGCGAGCCAAUCAUAAUGAUUCCGUUUACUUAAUAUACAGACUAAAUGUUGACCUCUCCUUGUUGAUUAGAAUGGAUUAGAUUCUCUAGAAUAACAGAAACUAAUACAGCCAUCAUUUUAUUGUAUUAAUGCAAUCUACCUGGAAGUAAAAUUUUAUGUAUGUCUUAAAAAUAUAUAAAAAAAAGUUAAUUCACAAAUGUAUUUAUGUAAUAAAAUUUAAAUACUGAA